UGUGUUGCUGUUGGUGGCUGUCAUCGAGAGCGUAUUGCCGGCGUAUUAUGUUCAUUAUUGAAAAAUACUGGUGGUGGCUUAAAUGGUACCAUUCAACAGAUGGUGCUCAAAUGUGUCUUCGAUGAUGAGACGAUUCCUGUCAAAGCGGUGGACGAGAGCACUCCAAUUUGUUAUUUGUCCCUGGAUAUUCCAAACCGUAUUCUACAUCCAUUCUUCGGUUGCACACGAAGAGAACGCCACCUGAAAGCAUCGCUCUACACCACAAUUGAUGAAAUGUCCACGAUUUUCGAGCACAAAUGUAUCAAUGACUUCAGACAUUUUGCUAAACUUACUGUAAACCGUAUUCUGCAUCCAUUCUUUGGUUGCACACGAAGAGAACGCCACCUGAAAGCAUCGCUCUACACCACAAUUGAUGAAAUGUCCACGAUUUUCGAGCACAAAUGUAUCAAUGACUUCAGACAUUUUGCUAAACUUACUGGUAUAUUUGAUCUCGUGAUAAUGGAUCGGUUGUUUUAUUUUGAUGAAAAAGCUGGUGUGGGCUUGAAAAUAAGUGCGAUUUUGUUGUAG